GGGACGUAAGGUUUUGACGUCACGGACUCACCCCCGUCACCCAGCGCUGGCGGAAGGAAGCGGCUGCUAGUGACUGUGCAAAGAUGAAUACCAGAGGGCUUGGAUCUCAGCUGAAGGAUUGUGUUCCAGUUUCUGAUUUUUCAGCAGGUGGAGCAUUUGAAAGCCAUGAUGUGAUGCAUAGAGGGUUUACAAAUGUGAAGAGUGAGCUUUUCCCUGUCCAUCCUUUGGAACUGUCGGAGAAAAAUUUUCCGUUAAGUCAAGAUAAAAUGAAUUUUUCUACUCUGAGAAAUAUUCAAGGGCUGCAUGCACCCCUGAAGUUGCAAAUGGAAUUCAAAGCAGUGAAACAGGCCCAGCGUCUUCCUUUCCUUCAUAGCUCUAACCUGUCUCUGGAUAUCUUGAAAGGCAGCUAUGACUGCAUUGGUUUUGAGGAUAUUCUGAAUGACCCAGCACAAAGUGAAGUAAUGGGAGAUCCUCAUCUGAUGGUUGAACACAAACUUGGUUUAUUAUAAUGCACACAUACACCAACCUUCUGUUCAUAAAAAAUGUUCCUUGUCUUUGUCCCCUGCAGAUUCAAGUAAACCAUAUUAAAUGGCAGUCAUACAAUGCUUGUUUUGAUACAGUCUGUCUGCUACCUUGAUGAAAAAGGCACAUUAAAUACUCUAAGUAUAUGACUUUUGUUCUGUGUUUACUGUCAAUAUAAAUGUCUUGUAAUUGGGUAUUUAAAAAAUCAGGAAAUACAUCUCUAUAUUCAGGGCUACAAUUAUUUCAUGUUUGCAGUUGUAGAAAUCUACACAUUAAAACAUCUAUAGAAAAAGGAAAUUUAAAAAGCGGUUUUAAGCUAUUAGAUUGGAUGUUCUUGUAAAAGAACCUUUUGCCAUUUAUAACUGAGUGUUUGCUGUUGAAUCUUUCUUUGUUCUUGAUGACAUGACAUGACAUCUUUUAAACAAUGAAUAAAAUUUUCUAUAAAUGCUGUGACUUCUCAAAA